AUGAGACGAACGAAAAUCACCAUCGACCGGAAAAAAAUAAGAAAAACGUCGCCAACUCCAAAGGUAAAUUCAAAAAUCGUUUGUAAAUCUUCGAAAAAUAACGUAUCGCGAUCGCGUAAAAAGUCACCGCCCAAAUCGCCGAAAAGUAAUCUAUCGAAAUCUCCAAAAAAAUAUUCACCUACAAAGGCACCAUCGCCAUAUAAAAAGAACGUCUCUUUCGACCUGAGAAAACUAGAUUCCAUGUCAUCGUUGUCGUUGUCUUCUCUGUCUUUUGCAUCGUCUUCGUACUCCUCUAGUUCAUCUUCAAAAUCCUCAAUAAAUCUUCCCCCUAUUCCUAGAAAAACCCACUCCAAAGAUCGUUCAAACAGUCCUAAAAAUCGAAGGUCCAGAUCUCCUAAAUCCCCCACGAAAAAACCUGUAUUCGAACGUUUAUCAUCUCCUAAUGAAUCCCAACUGUUAAAACAAAUUCGUCGUUACAAAAUUGAGAUAAGUGACUUAAAAAGUCAAUUGAAAAGUCGUAAAUAUGACGUCGACAAAUGGGAACAAGCAAUACUAGACGAGAAAAACAGACGUGAAAGGGACCGAAGGGAUUUACAAACUGCAAACAGGCAACUGGCCGAAAAAAAUCGUUAG